ACGCGCGUGGCCUUUAACAACGGGCGUGGCCUCGUGAUGUAUUUCUGCUGUGCGGGUCAAUGCGGAAGACAAACACGAACCGAGUUUCUACCUUGAAUUCUUCAGAAACCCACCCAGACCCGAGGCACCUUUCUACGAACCAUGUGGCCAAAUCAAGGACCUCCCCCCCCACCAAACCCUGCCUACCCUCCUGGCUACAACCCUGCGUAUCCUCCUGUACCUCCUCCAGGAGUCUUCCCCCAGCCUCCGAACCCAGCGUACCCACCUUACCAACACCCAGCUGCCAUGACCCCAGCUGUGAAUGCAUGUCCAGGGGUGAUGCCUUACAGACCUCCUGGACCUCAUCCUUAUCCUAUGGCUCCAUGUGGAUAUCCAGCAGUCCCUCCUGCAUAUGUUCACCCAGGUCCAUACCCACACUCCCCAAAAUGGGGUCACCAUAAAGGUCAUCAGUGUGGAGGGAUGUAUCCCAUGACUGGACCAGUAGCCGGAGGACUGACGGGAAUGGUGAUGGGAAUGGUCGGACACAAAGUCAACAAAAAGAUGAGGAAGAAGAUGAAGAAAGCACAUAAGUACAAGCACGGGCACUACAAAUGUGGCAAGUCCUCGAGCAGCAGCAGCAGCAGCGACUCAGACUGAGGACACCAGGUCGACAAGGCUUUAACAGAAAUGCUCCUUUACAAAAUGGCAGCCUAACUAUGAAUUAUAAACACACAAAGGUCAACUUUCUAACUUUUAACAGGAUAAAUACAGAGUUUUAUCAUAUCUAGUUUGAGCUGUUCAUAACACUAGAAUGUGUUUCUUACUUUUGUAUUUUUUAUUUAUCUUUUUGGUGGUGUUUAUGUCUGUACCUACAGUUUCUGUCCAGCAGUAAAAACACAAACACUAGUGUGAAAACAUGCUGAAGAGGAGCUCUCUUCAUGAACAGCAUGAUCAGUCUUUGCUGUGAGAAAAUGUUACAUUGUGACUUAAUAAAAAAAUGUAAAUAUUUAUUUUCUCAGGAAGAUUAACCUACAGAGGUGGAGGUGAUACAUGAAUUUAGUGUCUUUGUAAAAGAUUGUAAUUAUAAAAACACCUGCAACUCACAACAUAAA